AAACUACGUACUUCCUUUCUCUUUAUUCCUUCCCGCCAUCCCUUGCCCGUUAAAUUACAUAGUGAAACAGACGCUGAAAGAAUGGCGAUCAAGAAGGAAGUCGCUUUCGCUUUUGCCUAUUUUCUUCAUUUGGCAAGUGCCACUUCCUGCUCUCACAAAUCUGACUGCGGGUUUGUCGAGAGCUGCUGCUCGGACAAUGUGUGUAGACAAAAAUGCUCUGGAUGUUCGUUCAAUUUCCAGUGUGGUACUGGAGAAUGCUGCAGAAAUCUUGGUUGUUCAAAGAACUGCAGCUAUUGCUCGUCCCUUUUGGAAUGUGAUAUCGGAAAGUGCUGCAAGAAUAAUGUCUGCCGGAAGACGUGCCCAGAUGGUGGAUGUAGAGAAAACUGCACUUAUUGCUCGUACAGUUCUCAAUGUGACUUUUUGGAAUGCUGCAAAAAUGGUAAAUGUAAGAAGAAAUGUGACGAUUGGGGCUGUAGAGAAAACUGCACCUAUUGCUCGUACAGUUCUCAAUGCGACACUGGUGAAUGUUGCAAGGAUGGUAAAUGUAACAAGAAAUGUGACGACGGUGGCUGUAGAGAAACCUGCUAUUUUUGCUCGUACAGUUCACAGUGUGACACUGGUGAAUGCUGUAAAAAUAGCGACUGUAUUAAGAAAUGCUCAGAUGGUGGAUGUAGAGAAAACUGCGACUCUUGCUCGUCCAGUUCGCAAUGCGAUUCUGAUGAGUGUUGUGACUCAGAUAACACCUGUAAACUCUUCUGUUCUCAUUCCAGCCUCACUGAGGCAGCAACUGCAGGGAUUGUUAUCGCCUGUUUAGUGGUCGCCGCCAUUGUGAUUUCCAUAAGCUGCGCUGUUUGGCACUGCUCCAGUACUGUUCAUAUUAUCCUUGUUAAUUUAUUCAUUGGCUCUUCAUUCUUUUAUCUUGCGCCUUAAUCCACUCAUGGCUGUCAAGGAAGUCGCUUUCGUUUUCGCCUCCUGGCUUUACGUUGCAAGUGCUACGUUCUGCAUAAACGACGAUAACUGCGGACUUUUGGAGACGUGUUGUAAAGGUAGCGUUUGUAGACAGACGUGCUACUAUUGCUCUUUCAAUUACCAGUGUGGAACUGGAGAAUGCUGUUAGAGUGGCGACUGUCAGAAGAAAUGCUCGGAUGGCAAGUGUAGAAAAAACUGCGACUCUUGCUCGUCCAGUUGGCAGUGUGAUUCUAAUGAGUGUUGCGAUUCGGAUGACACCUGUAAGCUGGUUUGUACUCAUAGCCUCACUAGCGCAGCCGUUGCGGGUAUUGUCAUCAGCUGUUUGGCUGUCGCCGCCAUUGUGAUUUCUAUCGUGGCUUUCUGCUGCUGUGCUUGCUGUCCGUAUUAUCGUACCCGCCACCCGGGAACAGUUGUAGUUACACAACCUAUGGGCGGAUUCAUUGCAACAACUCAGCCAACACAACAAACUAUUCAGCAGCCGCCAUAUGGGGGAUACAAUCCUCCACCCCCUGGAUACAUGCCUCCACCCUCGGGAUACAAUCCUCCGCCCAUUCCUUCGACCAAAAUCUUGGCGGGAGUCUUUGUAUAUUUACCUCCUUUCAUUUCCCAGAUUCUGGACUUUAUCCAUUGAAUGGUUUUGAUUUUUGUUUUGAUCUAUUUUGAAUGGCGUGACACUGAAAACCAGCAAUUGUGCCAUUCUUGGACAUCACAACCCGCGCCUUUUUAUAUCUCUUCCCUCUUGUAAGUGGGGUCAGUAACACCUUUAGAGAGUCCUUGUAAGGGUAGAUCUACGUUAGUUUAUUUUGUUAUUACUUUAUCUAAAAAGGGAAAGCACGUUUUGUAUCAUUAUAUUCGUCAUUAAACCUUGUGUUGGCUCUGGUUAAUAAAUACAUUCGAAUUCCUUAACUUCAUUUUUGUCAUAUUACAUCACAAACUUAAAGUGAACAAGAGGUAUCAGUGAGGUAUGCCGUAAAAUUCCGAAAAUAAGCCCCCGGGCUUAUAUAUUUCAAAGGCCCUUUUUGAGGGGCUUAUUUCUAGAGGGGCCUAUAUUCAGAAACAAUUGCAGGACGUAUUUUGGCUACAAGUCCCUUCUAGUUCUAAAGUGGCCAAUUGUCAUUACAUACUGAAUACAGGCAAGACUACAAAAUUUUGGAUAACAUUUGUUUUCAAUUUCUCAAGGGACGAUUAUUAGUCCCAAUAGAAAUUGAAAACAAUGCUUAUGCAAAAUUUUACGAAGACAACAAAUUUCAUCAUUACGGGGAAAGUGCAAGUCGCAAAUUUCCUCCUCCGACUGUCCGAGCGAAGUUUGGGAAAGGGAGGGUGAGUUCUUGGCGAGUCUCUCUCUGCGCAUGCGAAGGCUGUACGCGGCGCUGACCAAAGGAUCCCAGCUCUUUGAACGUGAAUGGCGUGACGAGUCGUGAAAAUGGAAACUACGUACUUCCUUUCUCUUUAUUCCUUCCCGCCAUCCCUUGCCCGUUAAAUUACAUAGUGAAACAGACGCUGAAAGAAUGGCGAUCAAGAAGGAAGUCGCUUUCGCUUUUGCCUAUUUUCUUCAUUUGGCAAGUGCCACUUCCUGCUCUCACAAAUCUGACUGCGGGUUUGUCGAGAGCUGCUGCUCGGACAAUGUGUGUAGACAAAAAUGCUCUGGAUGUUCGUUCAAUUUCCAGUGUGGUACUGGAGAAUGCUGCAGAAAUCUUGGUUGUUCAAAGAACUGCAGCUAUUGCUCGUCCCUUUUGGAAUGUGAUAUCGGAAAGUGCUGCAAGAAUAAUGUCUGCCGGAAGACGUGCCCAGAUGGUGGAUGUAGAGAAAACUGCACUUAUUGCUCGUACAGUUCUCAAUGUGACUUUUUGGAAUGCUGCAAAAAUGGUAAAUGUAAGAAGAAAUGUGACGAUUGGGGCUGUAGAGAAAACUGCACCUAUUGCUCGUACAGUUCUCAAUGCGACACUGGUGAAUGUUGCAAGGAUGGUAAAUGUAACAAGAAAUGUGACGACGGUGGCUGUAGAGAAACCUGCUAUUUUUGCUCGUACAGUUCACAGUGUGACACUGGUGAAUGCUGUAAAAAUAGCGACUGUAUUAAGAAAUGCUCAGAUGGUGGAUGUAGAGAAAACUGCGACUCUUGCUCGUCCAGUUCGCAAUGCGAUUCUGAUGAGUGUUGUGACUCAGAUAACACCUGUAAACUCUUCUGUUCUCAUUCCAGCCUCACUGAGGCAGCAACUGCAGGGAUUGUUAUCGCCUGUUUAGUGGUCGCCGCCAUUGUGAUUUCCAUCGUGGCUUGCUGCUGCUGUGCUUGUUGUCCUUAUUAUCGUCACCGUCAUCCGGGAAGAGUUGUAGUCGCACAACCAUCGGGCGGAAUCACUGCAACAGUUACAACGCAACAGACCAUUCUGCAGCCGCCCUUCUUAGGAUACACCCCUAAGCCCGCGGGAUGCAGCCCUCUUCCAGCGGGAUACAACCUGUCACCCGCGGGAUACAACCUAUCACCCUUGGGAUACAACUCGCGUCCAGUUGGAGCUUACAAUUAA